AUGCAGACAUCCACAUCAGUAUAUACCUCCACGUCGAAGACAGCAGACACGCGAACAACGCUAGUGGGUGGACAUUACGCGCCGAUGAAGGAACCUUUGUCGAGCAGCGUGGUGUCGGGCACAGCUUGCCUACAUUGCGGCAAUGACGCUUUUACCUCCCAAGAUGCGAUGGCCGCGCAGCAACGAAUACAGGGGUUGGAAGAACAGGUCAGGGAAUUAACGGUGAAGGCGUCCGAGGCUGCGGGCAAGAUAGUCGACUACGAAAACGAGGUUCGACAUUUGACUCAAGCAUUGCAUAACCAUAGCGAUUUGCAAAGAGUGCGCUCCACAUCUACGGCGUCUCCUACUUCUGAAACACCCGAUACAAACGCCCAGCAACAACAAGGUCGCUUUGCCGGUUUCGCUUCCUACUUUCCCUAUCGUCGCACCAACUCUCGUACCGGCUCCAAAGACUCCAGUACCCCGCCAAACACAUCCCAUUCAAAUCACACCAGUAGUAGCCCGGGGGCACAUAUCAGUCCCACCAGCCACACCAGAAACUACCCUCAGCGAUCGCUAUCACAGCAAGAUUCAACUGACCACAAUGCCGCUGCACUUCAGGCAGCGCUAUCACGCGAACGGUCGCUUCGAAAAGCCGCUGAGUCGCAACUAUCGCAGGCACACUCCGAACUGGAAGAACUCACUGCUCAGUUAUUCAGCCAAGCCAACGAGAUGGUUGCGCAGGAGCGCAAGGCUCGAGCAAAGCUCGAGGAGAGAGUGGUUUUGCUUGAGAAGAGGGACAGUGAGAAGCGGAAGAGGCUUGAUCGAUUGGAAAAAGCGAUUGCAAGGGUGGAGAGGGUCAGGGAAUUGAUCAAUUGUUGA